GAAACGCGUAGUGAUUUUGCUGUGUUUUCAAUCAUUCUCGCAGGUGAUUCAGUUCAACCGAAAACCGAAUGAAAAGAGAAAAAAUAACAAGUUCCCUUAAACGAGUGAAGGUAUUUCUACAGUCGAAUAGUGCCGUCCGGGUUUUUCGCAGCAUUUCGAAGAAUUGAACAUGCCGUGUGUGUAAUCAAGAGGUUUUAAUCUUUUGGUCAACUUUUCCAACAUUGCGUGACCCCCGGAGGGCACGAAAACGCGUCCCCCUAAAUACGCCCGGAAACGAUAAAGUCAAUUUUUCCCCGCAGCGAAUCAUGAUCGGAUGAGAAAAACCAUCCGAACCCCUCUGCUCUAGUGUCUGUGUGUAUUCCAAACAUUGAACAUCGUACUCGGGAAAAGUACGUCAGGAUGGUAAAUAAACAAGAUUACCGGUGAAAUAAACAAAACAACAACAAAAACAAUAUCAAAAACGAAGAAAAAGGUAAAACGCCCCCCAACUCUGGUGUUUCUGUGUGGGAAAAGUGAAAAAAAGUGCGAAGUGGCAGUGAAUUUGUAUAUAUAUUUUUCACGGCCUAAAAUUUACUGCCUGCCGACGGAACCUGAGCGAGAAAACCUGGUACCAGCGAGCAACGGUUCCGAACUUCGAGCGGGAAUUGAAUUUUGAUUGAAAAGAGGAAAAAAAGCCGUCUAACGAAUCUUGGAAAAGCGAUUUCCACCACCAGCCCGGAAUCUGAAGUUUGUGUCAAGUGUGUUGGGUUGCCUUAUCUGGUUGCGGCGGUGCUACCGGGUGGUGAUAUAAAUUCGUCCUUGCGAAAGGCAGCGGCGAUUGGGGCGAUUCUCCGUGGACGAACCCCACACCUUCAACCCCAGGGAUCGCACGAUGGGCUGCACAUCAUCGGCGGAGGAGCGGGCUGCCGUGGCCCGGUCGAAGCAGAUCGAGCGCAAUCUCAAAGAGGACGGCCUUCAGGCGGCUAAGGACAUUAAGCUGCUGCUGCUCGGCGCUGGCGAAUCGGGAAAAAGUACAAUCGUUAAACAAAUGAAAAUUAUUCACGAAAGUGGCUUUACGUCAGAGGAUUUCAAACAGUAUAGACCAGUAGUGUACAGCAACACGAUACAAUCACUAGUUGCAAUACUGCGGGCGAUGCCAAACCUUAGCAUUGCGUUCGGCAAUAACGAGCGGGAGUGUGACGCAAAGAUGGUGUUCGACGUAGUACAGCGGAUGCACGACACAGAACCAUUCUCGGAGGAUCUGCUAUUAGCGAUGAAACGGCUGUGGUCGGAUUCUGGCGUGCAGGAGUGCUUCUGCCGCAGCAACGAGUACCAGCUGAACGAUUCUGCAAAAUAUUUCCUGGACGACCUUGACCGGUUGGGCGCCAAGGACUAUCAACCGACCGAGCAGGAUAUCCUACGAACACGUGUCAAAACCACCGGCAUCGUGGAGGUGCAUUUCUCCUUCAAGAACUUAAACUUCAAGCUAUUCGAUGUCGGCGGUCAGCGGUCGGAGCGAAAGAAGUGGAUCCACUGUUUCGAGGAUGUGACCGCCAUCAUCUUCUGCGUAGCCAUGUCCGAGUACGAUCAGGUGUUACACGAAGAUGAAACCACGAAUCGUAUGCAGGAGUCACUGAAGCUGUUCGAUUCGAUCUGCAACAACAAGUGGUUCACCGAUACCUCAAUCAUUCUGUUUCUGAACAAGAAGGAUCUGUUCGAGGAGAAAAUCCGGAAAAGUCCACUGACAAUCUGCUUCCCGGAGUACACGGGCGGACAGGAGUACGGUGAGGCGGCGGCCUAUAUUCAGGCGCAGUUUGAGGCUAAAAAUAAGUCCACAUCAAAGGAAAUCUAUUGCCACAUGACUUGUGCAACGGACACCAACAACAUUCAGUUCGUGUUCGACGCCGUCACCGACGUUAUCAUCGCGAACAACCUGCGCGGAUGCGGUCUGUACUAAGCACCACCCUUCACAGCACACCCUCCCUCCCCUAGCACCCCAGCAGCUCAGCGCGACAGCUCUCCAGACCCCGGGAUCGGUCGAGCGAUCGAUGACGACGGCGACACGGUUAAUGACGAGCAGUGGGUGACGGUGAUGUGAAGAUGAUGAUGAUGAUGUUUGUGGACACAUCGAACGCUUUGGUUUUGGGACGGUACCCCGGAUGUUUUGGUGCGCGCUCUGGUACUUCCACUCAGCGUGAAAAGGAAGCAUAAUGUUGUAGCAGAGUUAGUUUAGGCUUAUCUUGUUUCAAUGUGGGUUUUGGUUUUUUUUUUGCCUUUUUCCAUGUUUUACUAACCGAUUCUUUUUUUGGAGUUCAAAUUGCUCUGGUAUCUAUUGAUUGUUUUGGUAUUCCGGUGCAACCGAGAGAGGGCAUAUCGCUGCACGUGCUGCCUAGCACCACAUUUGUUGCGGAAGUGCGCCGAAAGGCUGGUAGUGUGACGCGAGGGAAAUGAUUUGGCCCACACGACGCCAUCGCGUGGUCCAGCAGGAGCGAUUCGUUACUGUACUGUUUAAAAUUGGUAAAAACCAUGUACCAAAUGGAGACGUAAGCGCAAGUACAGAAGAGGAAAAAGAAGAAAAAAGCCAGCAGGGAACAGCAAUAUCGGGCGAGUGUGUUACAAUGUGUUCAAACAAGCCAAGACGCCGACGAAACGCAAAACAUACUAUGCGAAACAAUAGUAUAUAUAUCUAGCAAAGUGUAUCGUCUAUCUGUGAGGCUAUAAUUUCUAUUUUCAAACUGCAAAAAAUCGGAUUGACAUGUCAAACAAGGAAACGAGACUACCAACCGGCAGAAGAAAAAAAAAAAUCCCACCAAUAUGGGACAAACAAAACCAAUCUUUCGUCAGGAAAUCGUUCGUUCCUGGCCGUGGUGUAUUUGCAAACAAUUUUGUCUACAUCAUCUUUGCAGUCGCACAUCAAAACUUUACAUCAACGCUCACCUUUUUUUUUCUUUUUUACCACGUAUAGAAAAGAAGCACAAACUAACCUAUAAUGUAUUAAAACAAAAAUCAACAAAAUGUAAGGGCAGGAAAACGUUGUUCGCUACCAAAGCAAAAGGAAUAGGAAUGGGGAAGCAGAUCCGUUUCAGAAGCAAAACGUACAUGCACACAAAUUGCGAAAAGCGCGCACAUCCCACUUUUCGCUAACCAAAGAUAGAACCGGAUGCGUUCGCUCCAAUCGCGGAUGGGUGUUUGUUUGUCAGAGAGAUGUGAAUGCGGAUGUUGUGGGGUAGUGCGCAUAUCUUAUGUUGUUACGUUUUGUUUUUGGCUGUAGAAGAAAUGAGAUAAAAGUGACUAUUUAUUAAUAUUAUUAUUAUUACUACUACCACUACGAUUAACGCUAUUAUAAUUAUUCUUUAUAAGUGUAUACAAUGCUUCGAUUGAGUAUUUGCUGAUUUAACAGUGGGUUUAAACAGUGAAGAAACUGCAUCCCACUAACGGCACAAACGUAAGCAACAACAAUCGCACAAAACAAUUUGAGCCAAAGCAUAACAAGCGCACAAACGGUAACUUUUUUGCGGAUGUAUGAGCAAUGGGGCAGCGUAUUUGGUUUUUGUUGCUAAAAUUACCACGACGAAUCAUGGUCACGAAGAAAAUGCCACCGGCACCGAGUUUACGAAGCAGGAUAGUGUUAGUGGAGGAGGACGACCGAAAUGGCGGGUGCCGACAAACUCUAUUUAGUUUUAUCUACAUUCCUUGACGUGGGUAUUUCUUAAAUUUUAUUUUAUUUCCCGUCUACUCUCGCGAGUCUCGUGUAACAUCCCCGGAACCAGUUAGUUCAUCGGAGGAGAAUAAAUGCGCACCGAAAAACGAUUACGAUUGAAGGGAUCCCGUUUCAGCACGCGUGUGCAUUGUUGUGUGCAUCCUUGUGUACAGUGAGAAGUGGAGGUGGUGGAGAGGUUUUUCAUAAGCACCUGGCAAAAACACACACCAUCACCAGAAACACACACCAUUAAACACUCGCGUACAGCUUCCGCCUAUACGCAGCUUUGUGCCAACGAAUGAAGGUUGAUAAUUCCGUUUGAUUUGUGAGAAUUGAAAAAAAAGGACUAAUGUUGUAGUUUACCGGGAAAAUCCAUCCUUGGAUAGCAUGGACCGUAGUCGGUCUUUGGGAAAAGUUGCACCUCAGUUGGUUUGUACAAAACGAUCGGGGGAGGUUUUGCAAAAUCCGUUACAAUCGGAAUUUUUCUCGUGAGCGCACAUUAUGUUUUAUUUCCUUGCUCUCGUUUCUCAUCCUUUUCCACCGUUCGUCAUUUUUAAAUAACCUCCAGUUGCAGUCGAGGUGCGAAGAGGUUUGACAAUCCGGCGGUAACAGAAACCGGCGCUUAUAUUGUAUUUAACAAGCCGUACGUUAUAUGUUCACCGUAUGAUCCAUUCAACAAUCUUAAGUACAGUACAAACAUUGGCGAAGGGGCUUUUGCUAUAUAUGUGUGUUCGUUAUCGCAUUGCAAGGAGCAGGAAAUUACUCCCUGGUAUUUAGAAGCAGAACGCGGUUUGGAAAGCAUUUCGCGAUUUGUGCAACCUUUUCCGUAGUUUAUAACAUCCGGGCGUCGGUACGUCCUGAUCGAUGAUCACCAAACAGUUCAGGAUUAUCGUUUAGCGAAUAUUAGUUACGUCUCUCAACUAAAGAAUUCUUACAGAAAAUGACCAAACCAUCUCAAACUCUCCGUACAACCACAUCAACGUUUUUUCCCUUUCUCAUCACAAUAAAAGUUCAUAAGCAAAUAAAGUAUCAGUAAAAUAAAGUUAGUUGGAAGGCUAGCUUUCUGGCCCCGCAUGAGGACAUCGGGGAAGGAGAAAGUAAAGAGAAGUAGAACUACACGAGUUUAAAAAAGGAAACCGAAAGAAACAUUCUACUUCUAUUUUUGAUAUGGAUAAUUUAUUUAUUUUUCUACUCCUAUUACUACAAUCGAGCUACAAAGGCAGGGCAAAAGCAAGAAGUAGUGACGAUAGCGACGUGCACUUUACUAACACACAAGAUUAAGUAAAAUGUUCUCAUAGCAUAACCAUCGCGUAUGUAAACAAUAUUAGUGUACUCAAAAAAAACAAUGAAAACUUGCCCGAAGGUAAACUGUUCGUUAACUGUUAACCCGACUGAGGUAGGACAUUUUGCAGCGAUUUUCCCUUUCGUCAACCGUGCUCGCUCAUAACGGUGACAACAGUUUAGUAUUGCUUAUGGAAUGUAGAUAGUUUGUGAGGCGAAAUUUCUUUCUUACAAAUCUUCGAACAAGCACUCGCGCAUUGAAGUACAUAAAACACGUGCUCACAUGGACGCAUUUCUAAAAUUUCACUUUGUGGGUGAAUCCGUUCCAACAUCACCUACUAGUGUCGCUAAGGUGAACUUGAUAAGGGUCGCCAUAAUAAUGGUAGACCUGUGUUGUUUCCUUCAGUUCCGUUCUGUUACCAUUCGGGAUGUUUAAGUUUUAAAUCUCAAAAAUCGCACUUCAAAGCCACAGCGCGCCACACAAUCACUACACAACUGUGCACGGCCAGCACGGCCAAUUUUCCAAGCACGCACUUGUACGCCCUCAGUAACAAGAGAGAAUAGAAAAAAAGGAUUGUGUAACAUUUUCGGUAUCAGCUACAAAUCGCUUUUGUGAGGGAAGAAGACAAAAGGUUGCAAAUCAUCAAACACAAGAACACAUAAUUUAAAAACGAUUAAAUUAAUGCUAGACUACAGCCGGAAGAGAAACCGAAACGGGGCAGAGAAGUAGGAAGAAGCAGAAGCACUACAGUGAAGUAAAACCUAUAUCCGCUUUUGAAUACAAGAAUAAGUAUCUUUUUUGAGAAAUGAAAGUAAAUAGAAUGGAAGGAAGCAGAGAACGCAUUCACAAACAAAUAAUCUAAACAAAUACUAUAAUAUUUGACGAUAAAAGAAUAGAAAACGAAACAAACUCGGUGCGCGGACAAAAUAAGCAAACGUGUGGCGAGUGCAACUGAGAGGACCUUAGGAAGAAAUAUGAAAAGCAUACAAGUUAAUAAUAAAAAAAACCAAAUGAAAUCGAAAAAUAAAAAGAAAAAAAACUACAAAAAAUACCAAUGAAUACGACACAAAACAAAGGUAAACCUAAACAAAUUAGAUUACAUCGUUACGGGAGAAUCUGUAGGGUCGGUAGUGAGAGGAAAUGAGGAAGAAAAAAAACAAAAGAUGAAGCCUGCUAGGUUUGGUAGGUUCGAUACUGUGUACACAUCAUUCAGGUAAAGGUAAACCGAAACAAGGAACAAUUGUGAACCACAGGACACGUUCGGGGGGUUCGGGUUGUUCUUAGUAGUAAAACUGUCUGACAAAAAGAGAAACUUAAAUCUAAUUGAAUGCUCGAUGAUCGAUUGUGAGAAAACAAAAAAAAAAAACAAAAAUAUCAAACAAGAUCAUCCUCCGGAUCGAAACUUACAUUUGCAAAGCAAAGAAGAACCAUUUUCGUUACGAAACAAACUGGCACACACAAACACACCUGACGCGUGUGACCAACUGGGUGGCACAACGUAACCAAACGUAUUAUCGCAACAUUCGUUCCCCUAUUAAGAAACCCAAUACAUAUAGUGGUUAGAACAAGUUCAAGGAUUGCGGCUGCAUUGUUCAGAAAAAAAAUUUAAAAGAAGUAUAAAUAAUAAUAAUAAUAGAAGAAUCGCUCGACGGGUGUUACAAUCGGGCGAAGAGCGUGGACAGAUCUUUACUACACGCAUCCUACUAGGAAAUCAACAAUACAAGUCUCCGGGGGUCCAUUUCUCACCUACAAAGUCACGAAAGAAAUAAAGUAAAGGAGAUAAAAAAGAAACAAAUAGAUUUUCCAUUGCAUACUUUUUGCUUCAAACUGCGCUUCAACCACCCCCCCCCCCCCCCCCCCCUCUCUUCUUCUGCACACCUGCCGACUCAUUAAAGGUUGAAAAUCAUACGAAAAUAGAGCAACACACACACACACACCGGAGGGAGGAGGGCAUAGAAACUAAUAUCCUUACCACCCAACAUAUUCGGGAAAGCGAACCUAGAACCAAGAAGGGUGCACACCAGCGGUGCAGUGUUUGCGUGCAGGUGGGCGGUGCAGAGCGGGGAAAUGUUCAACUUAAAAGAAAGCAUUACAAAAAGAAUAAUAAUAAUAAUAAUACUAGCGACAAAACAGCAGAAAAUGAGGAAAGAGAAAACUCGAUUGUAGUUAUAUAAACAGAGUAAACAAAAAUCAGAAAACCAAAAAAGUAUAUAUAAAUACACAAAACUAUUAGAAACUGUAAAAUGAACAAAAAUCAAGUGAAGAAAACAAACAUACAAAAAAAAAACGCAAAACAAAUGGCGCGCCAGUGGUAGCGAAAUCAAAAA